AGCAAGCCGAGCGACGAGCUCAGCUGAUGCAACUCGGCUGGACUCGCGUGACAGUUCCCGGCACGCGGCGGCGGCGACCUAGGAAGGGGCGCGGGUGCCGGGCUGACAUCGGGAAGCAGGAGUUACGGAGCCAUGGGGGACGCUCCCAGCCCUGAAGAGAAGCUGCACCUUAUCACCCGGAACCUACAGGAGGUUCUGGGGGAAGAGAGGCUGAAGGAAAUACUGAAGGAGCGGGAACUUAGAGUUUACUGGGGAACAGCGACCACGGGCAAGCCUCACGUGGCCUACUUCGUGCCCAUGUCUAAGAUUGCGGACUUCCUGAAGGCGGGCUGCGAGGUAACAAUUCUUUUUGCGGAUCUUCACGCGUACUUGGAUAAUAUGAAAGCCCCGUGGGAACUUCUAGAUCUCCGAACCAGUUACUAUGAGAAUGUGAUUAAGGCGAUGCUCGAGAGCAUCGGUGUGCCCUUGGAGAAGCUCAGGUUCGUCAAAGGCACCGAUUACCAGCUCAGCAAAGAGUACACGCUGGAUGUGUACAGACUCUCCUCUGUGGUCACACAGCACGAUGCCAAGAAAGCCGGAGCCGAGGUGGUCAAGCAGGUGGAGCACCCUCUGCUCAGUGGCCUGUUGUACCCUGGACUGCAGGCUUUGGAUGAAGAGUAUUUAAAAGUGGAUGCCCAGUUUGGAGGCGUUGAUCAGAGAAAGAUUUUCACCUUCGCGGAAAAGUACCUCCCUGCACUUGGUUACUCGAAACGGGUACAUCUGAUGAACCCCAUGGUGCCAGGAUUAACGGGCGGCAAAAUGAGCUCUUCAGAAGAGGAGUCCAAGAUUGAUCUCCUUGAUCGGAAGGAGGAUGUGAAAAAAAAAUUGAAGAAGGCCUUCUGUGAGCCCGGAAAUGUGGAGAACAAUGGGGUUCUGUCCUUUGUCAAGCAUGUCCUCUUUCCCCUCAAGUCUGAGUUCGUGAUCCUUCGAGACGAGAAGUGGGGUGGAAACAAGACCUACACAGCUUACCUGGACCUGGAGAAGGACUUUGCUGAUGAGGUGGUGCACCCUGGAGACCUAAAGAACUCUGUCGAGGUCGCCCUGAACAAGCUGCUGGACCCCAUCCGGGAGAGGUUUAACUCCCCUGCGCUGAAGAAGCUGUCCAACGCUGCUUACCCGGAUCCGUCCAAGCAGAAACCAGUUGCCAAAGGCCCUGCCAAGAAUUCGGACCCAGAGGAGGUCAUCCCAUCCCGGCUGGACAUCCGUGUGGGGAAAAUCGUCAGCGUGGAGAAGAACCCGGAUGCCGACAGCCUGUAUGUGGAGAAGAUUGACGUGGGGGAAGCUGAGCCCCGGACGGUGGUGAGCGGCCUGGUGCACUUUGUGCCCAAGGAGGAGCUGCAGGACCGGCUGGUGGUGGUGCUGUGCAACCUAAGACCCCAGAAGAUGAGAGGGGUCGAAUCCCAGGGCAUGCUCCUGUGCGCUUCCACAGAAGGGCUAAGCCGCCAGGUUGAACCCCUGGACCCUCCUGCGGGCUCUGCUCCCGGUGAGCGAGUGUUCGUGAAGGGCUACGAGAAGGGUCAGCCCGAUGAGGAGCUCAAGCCCAAGAAGAAAGUCUUUGAGAAGUUGCAGGCUGACUUUAAAAUUUCUGAAGAGUGCAUCGCACAGUGGAAGCAAACCAACUUCAUGACCAAGCUGGGCUCUGUCUCCUGUAAAUCCCUGAGAGGGGGCACCAUCAGCUAGCCGCCCGGCCUCCUCCCACCGCCCUGGGUUAUCUGCUGUCCCGUUUGCUCCUUCCGUCACCUGUUCACCAUCUCGCGGCAGGUCUGGGUCUCUUCAUUAGGUGCAGAAUGGGGUCAGGGCAGUCCACCCUCCCAGGGCCCAUCAUCCUGUCUGGCCACAGUGAGAGACCGACCAGUUCAGUAAUGAGGGCCAGGCCGCAGCAGGGAGUCCAGCUCUGCCUUCUUCCCUGGGUUGCUGACGAGAAAUCCGGUUUCAGUGUAACUCAUAGGAAAGUUCAUGCCACGACCCUUGUCAUUGGGAAAUGCUGCUUCCUGGUUCUCUCGGAGGCACUGCCACGGCUUUGCCUCUAGCUGGGACCUCGUGCCUGGAGUGGGCUAGGUAAGCUACUCCCUGGCAAGACAUUGUGGGAUUUGGAAGGGAAAGAAGGGAAAAAAGAAGCUAGUGGUCUACCAAGCGGUUGGCACUGUGCCAUGCAUGCCCACGCGAAGACUUGGCACUGGGGCCAGGGCCUGCCCAGGGCUCCCUUGGUCAGGCUCAGCUGGGACACUCCCUCCACCAGCUGUGUGUAGCGUCCCGGGUGGGAUGGACGGCCCCACGUGGUUCUUGCUUCCCAGGGAGGGGUACUUCUCCAUCCGGCAUCUCAGCCAAGCCACUGGCCACCGCAGUCAUUCCUGCAAUAAAGCGUCUGCACAAGGCUGUCUAGAGGGCCCGUCUGUGAGCUGGGCCUCACUCAGCCUGGGGUGCUGGAACCUUA